GCUGACUACAUGCUUUCCUUUUUGCAUUUCAAGCAGGAUUCCCCCGUGAUUGCCGUGAUGCAGGGAGAGGAAGGGCCUUGUGUCCCAGAUCUUCAGGGUGCUGAGGAACAGGAGAGCCUGAAAGGUUCCUGCAAAGGUGGCAGGAUGGAUGAGGAGAGUUCCCUGCAGCAUGGGCCUGUGGGAGCAGAUCCAGAUGGGGCAUCACCCGAUGAGGAUGCUUCCAUGGGAGAAGAGCCACAUGGGAUGCUGCCUGGUGGGAAUGAGUCCAUUGAAGAGGACCCAGAUGGGGCAUUGUCUGAUGAGACUUUAUCCCAGGUUCCAGCCCUGCGGCAAACCUCUGAGCACUCUCCUGGCUCACAAACCCCUUCAGCCUUGGAAUCUCAGUGGGAAAGGCCCCCAGGGCUGCCUCUUCCAUUGGCACCCACUCAGCCCAGACCAGCCCCCAAGAAACCCCCUUACCGCGAGGCACACCCGACCAUCUGCAGCGAGUGUGGGAAGAGCUUCACCCGGAGCUCCCUGCUGGCCCAGCACCAGCGGGUGCACACAGGGGAGCGGCCCUACCAGUGCACUGAGUGCGGGAAAAGCUUCAGCCGCAGUUCCACCCUCAUCCAGCACUGGAGGACCCACACGGGGGAGCGGCCCAAUACGUGCACCGAGUGCGGGAAGGGAUUCAGCCAGCGCUCCGACCUGGUGAAGCACCAGCGCACCCACACCGGGGAGCGCCCCUACCAGUGCCCCGACUGCGGUCAGAGCUUCAGCCGCAGCUCGACCUCAUCAACACCAGCGCACUCCAGCGCGGCGAGAAACCACAAGUGCACCGAAAGCGGGAAGAAGUUCAGCCGCAGCUCCAACCUCAUCCGCCACCAGCGCACCCACACGGGCGAGAGGCCCCACGCCUGCCCGGACUGCGGGCGCGGCUUCUCCCAGAACUCCCACUACACGGACCACCAGCGGAGCCACCGCCAUGAGAAACCCUACCACUGCACCCAGUGUGGCAAGGACUUCGGGCGCAGCUCCACCCUGGUCAAGCACUGGCGCACACCAGGGAGAUCUUGUGAGCCUGGGGCAGAAGGCGGGACCUUCAACUCUCCAGUCGUGGACCAGGAAUCCCAAUGUGGCCUCCUGGGGAACUUGACUCAGUGUUGCCCCCAGGGUCAGCUUGAGAUGUCGUCCACCAGUAGAGUCAAUGCUCUUCUUCUGGGGAACUUGACCCAAUAUCUCCCUCAGGGUCAGCUUGGGUUUGUGGUGCCACUAGUCACCGCUGGUCCCUUGGAGAAUUUGAUACAGUGUAUUAUCCAGGGUCAGCCUGAUUAA